AUUAGCUAUUAUUAGCUCUACAUGGCCACUGUAGAUACAAAACACUAGUAAAGACGGGGUUAUAUCAGCUAUAUAUUCAUAGUCAAAUUUACUGUUGUGAAGAGAUUCUGUAUGGUGUAAAUUCUUUGAUGCGAAAGCAAGAAAAGUCGUAAUAGUGAAUUAUCUUGUUUACUGAAAUUAUUAUCAUGUUUAGAGAGAAACUCACGGCAUAUGUUCAUUGGUGUCACUUUUUUUGUGGUUUAUCAGGUCUUGCGGUUAGAAGGCGUGUCCACCUGGCCAAUCAAUUACUUGUUUAUCCAUGACGAAUUCAUGUUGGUUCCUUAUCCACAAACGGGCCGCCCCGUCGAGGCACGUGCGAACAAAUAUUCCUCACUCGGUAUCAGUUGUUACAGUACAGUGUAACAAGCAGAGUAAGCAAACGUUCAUCAGACUGCAUGGUGCAGUGUGAACACACGCUCGUUCUUAAGCUGCUAAUUCAUAACUACACUAACACUCGGUGAAGGUUUCCAGAACGAAGAGACCCUACAACGGCAAACGAAAAAUAAAAAUCUAAUUUAGUAUCAGGGGAGACUACCGUCUUGUAGGACGGCUAUCAUGUUCAUCUCUAGCAGUUACAUGUUAUGUCACUCCUCUCCAACCUACCCCUCACUUCUACCGACCACUUUCUAUGACCGCCAAUGUUGUGCCACUUCAGGAACAACCGAGAGAGAGAAAAAAACACCGUUGUCUUCAACCAUGACUGACCGCCACUCAUCUCGGACUGUUCCCUUACCACGGAAAGCUACAUGUGUUGUCCUCUCACGAUCAUCAACUCCACCCUCUCCUCAACAAGUGUCUUCUUCAGUGACAAGUCGUGACCUCAAGUUUGGUGUAGAUCGGAUUCUAGCCGAUGGGUCACCUUUACAAGAAGAAAAAGGAACGUCACCAACUACUACAGCGUCGCCUUGUGAUCUGUGUAUGCGCACUACUCCAUCGUUCUCUGGGUACUGCCUUCUACCCACGUGCCAUGGAGACAACCAAAAUUACGACAGAGUCUAUCCAAUGGUCACUACAGCCAUUCCAACUUACCCUGUUCCCUAUAUCUCCAAUCUACCUGGCUACACACUCUAUUCCCAAGGCAGCACGCUGACCUCUAAUUUGGACACUUCGCCACAAGCACUUGCUCUGAACAGCCAAGUAUCGUCAGGAAAGAGAAAGCGCUCGUGGUCACGGGCCGUCUUUUCUAACCUACAAAGAAAAGGUCUGGAAAAGCGUUUUGUGAUUCAAAAGUACAUAACCAAACCUGAUCGAAGACAGCUCGCUGCUACUUUAGGCCUAACAGAUGCACAGGUUAAAGUAUGGUUUCAAAACCGGCGGAUGAAGUGGAGACAUUCUAAAGAAGGUCGCGAAGAAUUGGCCAAAUUAAAUCAGAAGAGCGCCAAGGCCACUGAGCGAUCGGAAAAUGAACUUGUGAUAAAGAGUGGUGUCGACUCCGACAAUACAACGGAAGAAGAAAAUGAUAACGAGUGUACGUCAGAAAUUGGUGAUUGAAAGAAAAAUACCGUGAAUGUGUGGAAUUUUAGUACAGUGACUCGCUGAGUCUGAGAAAACGAAUGGACUUUCAGCAGUUGUACAAUAGAAACAGACUUAAGAAAAUUAACUUUCUGAAGAGGAAGAAUGGAACGUGUUAAAUGAAAUAGAUAAAUGUAAGAAUGACCAGCUAGCCUUUGACUGGAUUGAAACGGCAGUUUUAUACAUCUAUAUAUAGGCAUGUUAAUGAUUUUUGUUCAGUUUUAAAAAAUUUGUGUUAGAAAAAAAAACUCGUAAUCUCGAAAUUCUACUGCAAUCUUGGAAAAUGUGUCAUGUGUUGAUUUGAGUUGUUUUAAACCGUGAUGGGUUUUGUAUAAAGAUAGACAACCAUCUUAAAGUCAAGAGCUAUUUCUCCAAACUUGUGAAUCUGAUAUAUAAAGAUUUAAUUUUUGUACCUAAACAUGUAAAAUAAUAGUGUUCUCUGUGUCAGGUCCAUCAGUAAAACCGUUAAUUAUUACUGUUAAUGUCUAAUUGAAGAUGUAAUUGAUGACAUAUAUGGAUGUGUGUGUGGAGGGGUUUAGUUGGAUACAACUACUGUGAGAUAGUUGUUGCUACAGCUCAUACUAGUAAGGUCGUAAAGAAAAUUAUUAAUUAAGAAAAGUGAUAAGUGUUUUAGUGUUAUGGAAAACAAAAUUUGUAAAGUUCAAUCAUUUCAAUUCCAAAACACUAAAACAAAAUAGUAGAAAUAUUAACAGGGCUAAAAGAGAAAUAACUAAGUUGCAACUUUUUUUAUCAAAUCAAUUGUUCUGAAUUAACUUAAUGAAACGUUCCUGUUAUUAGCUACUGUUCUAUAAACUUAUUAUUCAGCUGAAUUUUGUUAUAACUGAAAAUGUGCAAGAUUUCAAUAAAUAUUUUGAAUUUAAAACA